AUGAAUGAAGCAGCAGUUGAACUUCUUGGUUCUUACUACAAAUCUAAGAACUUGAGGAAGUGGGAUAAAGUAUUUCAUGACACAAGGUGCUUUGUACUUCAAAUAGGAAACAUUGACCCUGAUUGGAUGAGGACAGGUCAUCAAGAUAGAAAGAUUAAGUUCAAAGAUUUGGAGGCAGCAAAGCUUUUCCCUUGGAAAGAUGAUGUUGUGGACGAUUUAGCAGGAGAUGUUUUACAAAAUAAAGCAAUGAAAUCGUCUUAUUUGGAGAAAUUUGUCGAGCUGAUUGGCUUUAAGGAUCCAUCGAUAAAACUGGAAUUAGAUCAGAGGCUUCAACUUUCAAACUCCAAAAGAUUUUAUAUACCAAAACAAUUCACCCAAACAUGGAAUAAGAUAAUCAGGAUCACUCUGGUAAAAAUGAAAGAAUUUUUAUGGAAAGUUUGGGGUGUGAUCAAACAGAGGAUGCAUUUUUUCAAGAGCAAACAAAAUGACAUCCAAGUGAUGAAACUUGCAGUCUAUACAAUUGGAUGUUACUACAAGAACCAAGAUCCGAUCAAGUGGGAGCAGCAUUUGUUACAACUUCAGACUUCCCAAUUACAGAAGAGAUUAUUUAACUAG